GUGGCCCCGCCCCUCCGGCGGAAGCGGCGACGCGGCCCUGGGUUGCACAGGCGGCGACGGCGCGAGGGUAACCCCGCCGCCCCGCCCGGCUGCGGCCCCAGGCCGCCCGGCACAUGCGCAGCCUCGGGAGGGCGCGGGCGGCGCUGGGCGGACCCCUGCGGACCCCCGCGCUGCCCGCGCCUCGCAGAGGUAACCGCGCCGCCGGGGUCGCGCGUUCCGCGCUUCGAGGGACGCCCCCUCCGGGCCGGCUAAGUAGGGCGCAGCCGAGGGCACCGCCCCUGCGAGCGGACUGGCUCACACUGGAAAGCACCAGUUGGGGGCCACUGUUCAGAUCCCGGAUCCCUGACUUGGGACCUUUGGGAGCAGCCCCAUGGAGGGGAUCCUGCUUGAAGCUGUCUGCCAGGACGUGCACGAGUCUUGCCUGCUGGUCGGCCCUCUCUGGGCUGUCGGCUCGGAACCACUGGGCAGGGGAGUGGAGGCUGAGCAGGCAGGGAGUUUCUGUAGCACUUGGAUCACCAGCCUUUGUGCUCCAAAUGGGGACUCCACACCCUGUCCAGAAACCCUGCAGGCCACCCCCAAGACCCAAGCUCGCCAGGCAAAUGGGGCAGGCUUUGGGUGCAAACUCCUCACCUGUCACCAUGAACCUGGACAUCCAGUGCGAGCAGCUGAGUGACACGCGCUGGGCCGAGCUCCUGCCCCUGAUCCGGCAGUACGAGGUGGUCAGGCUGGACGACUGUGGCCUCACAGAGGUGCGGUGCAGGGACAUCAGCUCUGCGCUCCAGGCCAACCCCUCUCUGACCGAGCUCAGCCUGCGUGCGAAUGAGCUGGGCGAUGCCGGUGUGCAUCUGGUGCUCCAGGGCCUGCAGAGCCCCACCUGCAAGAUCCAGAAGCUCAGCCUCCAGAACUGUAGCCUGACAGAGGCCGGCUGCAGAGUCCUGCCCCGCAUGCUGCGCACCUUGCCCACUUUGCGUGAGCUUCACCUCAGUGACAACCCACUGGGGGAUGCAGGCCUGAGGCUGCUCUGUGAAGGGCUCCUGGACCCCCAGUGCCACCUGGAGAAGCUGCAGCUGGAGUACUGCAACCUGACGGCCGCCAGUUGCGAGCCCCUGGCCUCGGUGCUCAGGGCCAAGCGGGACUUCAAGGAGCUUGUGGUGAGCAACAACGAUGUGGGCAAGGCUGGUGCCCGGGCGCUGUGCCAGGGCCUGGUCGACUCUGCCUGCCAGCUGGAGACACUCAAGCUGGAGAACUGCGGCCUUGAGUCCGCCAACUGCAAGGACCUGUGUGGCGUUGUGGCCUCCAAGGCCUCACUGCAGGAGCUGGACCUGGGCAGCAACCGGCUUGGCGACACAGGCCUCAGGGACCUGUGCCCUGGGCUGCUGAGCCCCAGCUCCCGGCUCAGGGCCCUGCGGCUCUGGGAGUGUGCCAUCACCACGGAGGGCUGCAGAGACCUCUGCCGCAUCCUCAAGGCCAAGGAGAGCUUGAGGGAGCUCAGCCUGGUGGGCAACGCGUUGGAGGACGAGGGCGCCCGGCUGCUGUGUGAGAGCCUGAGGGAGCCCGGCUGCCAGCUGGAGUCCCUGUGGGUGAAGUCCUGCAGCUUCACGGCUGCCUGCUGCCGCCACUUCAGCACAAUGCUGACCCAAAACAAGCGCCUCUUGGAGCUGCAGAUGAGCAGCAACACGCUGGAGGACUGUGGCGUCCAGGAGCUGUGCCAGGCUCUGGGGCAGCCCGGCACCACACUGCAGGUGCUCUGGCUGGGGGACUGCGAGGUGACCGACAGUGGCUGCAGCAGCCUAGCCUCGCUCCUGCUGGCCAACCACAGCCUGCGGGAGCUGGACCUCAGCAACAACUGCAUGGGCGACCCUGGUGUCACGCAGCUGCUGGAGAGCCUGGAGCAGCCUGGCUGUGCCCUGGAGCAGCUGGUCCUGUAUGACAUCUACUGGUCAGAGGAAGUGGAGGGCCGUCUGCGGGCCCUGGAGGACAGGAGGCCAGGCCUGAGGGUCAUCUUCUGAGUACCACCGUACUGAAGAGAGGUGCUUGUCAACUGAUGGCAAGAAAAUGGCAGACACCUUAUUAAAGUGCCUUCUUGGCUGGAG